AUGGGCAACAGGAAGCAAGACUGGACGCCAAGCCAGGUGCGGCAUAUUCUCAAGAGCCUCUGCCUGUUUGACUCCCAAAUCACAAUGAUGCUCCCCAUCGAGCGGCGGCGCAGCAUAUACUGCACGUCAUUUUUGUCGGGCAGCAAUGCGGCGCAGGACCUGCAGCCCUACCAGGCGCAGAUCCUCCAGACGGGCCGCUACGAUGGCCUCUUCGGUUUUAUAGACGGCUUGGCCACGAUCGAGGCUGUCGCUGCCGUCUUCGAAACCCGUUGGCACUACGCCAACUUGCAGAGCCUUGUGACAAAGAAAGGAACCAUUGAGUUCCGGUGCCCGCCAGGGAGUGCCAAUGCUGCCGACGCGACGCAUUGGAUCCUCUGGGUCCUGUCUUUUGUAUACGGGGCCCUGGAGAAGGGGCGGUAUGGCUACGGCGUCAUGACGCGCAACCGGAUGUCGUACAACACAUACCUCGAGUUCAUCCGAGCGGGCCACCGGGCCAUGCCAGCUGUUGCGAAGCGCGGUGCCGUCCUCAUCAACAGGCACCUGGCGAACCAUGGAGAGGGGCCGAGCAUGACCGACCGGGAAACCCGGCGUUUUACGAGAGAGGCCAAGAAGCUGUUCAGCGCGGACCGCUGA